GAGGAUGUGUCCCUGAGCGGUUACCAAAAGCACGUGUCCUCCUGCUCUGCCCCAGCCCCGCUGACCGCAGCCGAGCAGGAGCUCCAGCAGAUCCGCAUCAACGAGGUGAAGACGGAGAUCAGCGUGGAGAGCAAGCACCAGACCCUGCAGGGCCUGGCCUUUCCCCUGCAGUUGGAUGCUCAACAAGCCAUCCAGGCGCUCAAGCAGAAGAAGAUCAACUACAUCCAGCUGAAGCUGGAUCUGGAGCGGGAGACCAUCGACCUGGUGCACACCAGCCCCACGGAGAUCGCCGACCUGCCCAAGAGGAUCCCCCAGGACUCGGCUCGUUAUCAUUUCUUCCUGUACAAGCACUCGCACGAGGGAGACUACCUGGAGUCUGUCGUCUUUAUCUACUCCAUGCCUGGGUACAAAUGCAGCAUCAAGGAGCGCAUGCUCUACUCCAGCUGCAAGAGCCGGUUGCUGGACACCGUGGAGCAGGAGUUUUGCCUGGAGAUAGCCAAGAAGAUUGAGAUUGACGAUGGAGCUGAGCUGACGGCAGAGUUCCUCUACGAGGAGGUGCACCCCAAGCAGCAUGCCUUCAAGCAGGCCUUCGCCAAGCCCAAGGGACCCGUGGGCAAACGGGGACAGAAGCGGCUGAUCAAGGGGCCGGGAGAGAACGGCGAGGACAGUUAGAUCCCGCAGGACUGGGC